AUGCGAAAGCGAGAGACAAAGAGACCGAACGAGCUUGAACAUCCUGGCGGUUGCCGAGACGUCAGCAGGACUUCGCUCGCAGUACACGGCAAAAGAACUAAGACUCGGCCAGUGCAGUGGUCUACCAUCGUGCAGAACCGAUACGAAUUUGCGGUCGACCUCUUGUGCGAGGACGCACAGAGACCCGGGCUGGAAGUGACCUGA